AUGGCUGCCAUGGGGUCCACCACUGCCUCCACCCCUUCUAAUUCCUAUGACGUCGUAUGCCCUUAUCCAAGCAAUUUCCCAUUUCCAUGGCUGCAAAACCGGUCUCUCUGUUUCGGUGUUCUCGACUCAGCUCGCGGCUUUGAUAGCUCCUUCUACGGCAAGUGUGAGGUUCAUGACCAAGUGGUUAGCUACGAUGGUUGCAAGCGCAACUUUCACCUCACCUGCCCCGGAAUGCGCGGCCGCCAAGUUGUGAAUUUGGAGGAAUAG